AGUCGGCGCAUUGAGGAUCGAGAAGGCAAAGAGAGCCAAGCCGAAGCUCGAAGGCAGAGAGGAGCUAGAGAGUGCCGAAGGCAGACUGGAGGAGCGAGAGACCUAACUGAGGAGAGCCCGCGGUGGAGCAGGAGAGUGGCGCGGCGUGUUGGCGGUACGGGUUGCUGAGAGCUGUUUGCCGAUUCGUUGACUCGCCGGGACGGUCGGUCGCGGUCCGAGGGCUCACGGCUCCCGGUCUCAGUACGUCUCGUGACCGCGAGCCAAGGGGAUGGACGUUGCGUUUCGGCGGCUCUACGUCCCGUGAUCCAUCGAUCGAGAUCGGCCCGGCAUCCUCUCGCGGCCGAACCGGGGACCGCUGUCGCGCGCGAUGCCACCACGCGAGGCCGGAACAACCGUCAGACAUCUCGUGGCCGUUCCUCCUCCGCGGUGAGACAAGAAGAAGAAGGAACCCUUUUCGGUAACCUCGUUCGGUGCGGAAGAUCGUCGGAAGUUUCGCGAGUGUUUUGAUACGACGAGAUGGGCAGUGAAGCGAACGCGGAGACCGCUGGUACCAACGCCGUGGAUUCGGACGAGUCCGAUAGCUGGGAGAAGUUCUUCGGGUCGAGCACGGACCUGGUGCCCCAGAUGCUGGGUAUGUUCGACGAGCUAGCGCGUCGCGGAAAUGGCUACAACGAGCACGUGGUCUUUCCCACGGUGCUGCAGAAGCGGCUGAGCCUGGUGUCCCAUCGAGGGUCCGUGUUCUGUCAGGGCCAGUUCUGUCCGGACGCGACCGUAUCCCGGCAGGAGGACCCCGCGAUGACCCUGGAGGAGAGGUCUGACAGCCGGGUGGAAGCGAUCGCGGCGGAGCCGGAGCCGGAGCCCGAGACCGAGGUCCGGAAGGACCGGGUCGUCUACGACCCCCUGGAGAGCAGUCGGCAGGAGAAUCGAUCCGAUCGCGCGAUCGAGGAGAAGCACUAUCGGCGGGAGAGCAACGGCCUGACGCCGCUCAGGUACAAUCGAAGAUGCAGGAACGCUGCUCGUCCUCUGUCGGGAAGCUCCGUGGCGUCCAGCACGUCCUCCAGCGGAUGCAGCAACCAGGGGAACACCUGCAACGCGAACCCUUAUUUGGCGUCCGUCGAGUCUCUGGCCGACACUUGCGCCAGCUCCCAAGGUUCCGGGGACAGCGGCGUGGUCACCGUCUCGGAAUCGAACUGUCGCAUCGGCAACGAUGGCAGCGGCCAGAGGAGGAACAGCGCGGAGGAGGACCCACCUUUCUACAGGCCACGGUACUGCGACUCCCAUCGGAACCCCAUGGAAAGAGUGCUCCUCGAGAUAGUCGACACCGAAGCGAUCUACGUCGAACACCUGCGACAGAUCAUCCAAGGUUACCUUAUAUUUUGGAGAAACGAUCCGGCAUCGUUUGCCCAUCGAAUGCAACUAGGCGACUUAUUUAGCAAUAUCGAGGAUAUUUUCGAGUUCAACAGUCAGUUCCUUCAAGAAAUCGAGAAGUGCGGCUUGGACCCUGUUUGCAUGGCAAACACAUUUAUCAAGCACAACUCAGGAUUCAAGGUGUACACAGAGUACUGCACCAAUUACCCGAGGACGGUUUCCGUGUUGACCGAUCUGAUGAGCCAAGAAGAAGCUGCGAACGCGUUUCGGGAAAGGCAAGCGGCUUUGAGACACGCGCUGCCGCUCGGAUCUUUUCUUCUUAAGCCGGUCCAGAGGAUCCUGAAGUACCAUUUACUCUUAGAGAACCUGUCGAAGGAGUACGGGGCAGACUACGAUUCGAGAGAGGACGAGGCUGAAGGUAGGAAGGCGAUCGAGGCGGCGUUGGACGCGAUGACUGGCAUCGCGAAGCACAUAAACGCGAUGAAACGACGACACGAGCACGCUGUGCGUGUUCAAGAGAUCCAGUCCCUUCUGUACGGCUGGCCUGGUCCAGAUUUAACCACCAGCGGUGAGCUGGUGGCGGAAGGGCGAUUCAGAAUGCGAGGGGCGAAAGCCCCUCGGCACGCCUUUUUGUUCGAUCGUAUGCUUCUUCUCACCAAGAAGAAAGAAGAUGGACUUCUAGUCUACAAGGCUCACAUUAUGUGUUCCAACCUGAUGCUCAUCGAAAGCAUACCGGGAGAACCGCUUAGCUUCCACGUGAUUCCGUUUGAUAAUCCUCGACUGCAGUAUACUUUGCAGGCGAGGAACUUGGAGCAGAAAAGAGAAUGGACGCUGCAGAUAAAGAGGGUGAUUCUUGAGAACUAUAACGCAGUGAUACCUUCCCACGCGAGGCAGUUGGUCUUGCAGCUCGGCCAGACACAACCAGAGGAUGACGCUCUGGCAGAUAGAGGAUCAGCCAAGAAGCAAUACUCCGCGCCGCCAGAGUACUUAGAGAAGCGGAAGCAGGAACGAGAGAGGCGGCGCUCGGAGACCGGGCUUAGGCAGAAAUUCAAGAAGAAUGGCAGAAAGUCUGAGACUACAACCGAGGAUUCUCCAGCAUCGACGAGAAAGAACCAGAACGAGGAAUCGAGCAUCGCGGACUCCAGGGAUCAGGGUCUCAGAGUCUCCGACGGGCUGGGAUCAAAAGUGAAGGAUCGCUUCACCGGAUGGAGAAGGAAGUCGGAACCCGGCUUCCAGUCGUACGUGUGCCUGAACCAAUCGGACGAGGAGCAGAAGGACUUGGUCGACGCGGGUUCGACGACCAUCGAACCGAAGAUCGCCGAGAACGAUCAGCGCCCGUUGAAUUCCCCUGCGCCGGAAACCAAAGAGAACACCGAACAACAGACCCAGGCGCAAACGGUGGAGGAGAUAGUCGGCCACAUCCUGAUGCAGAACCAAGAGUUCCAGAAACUGUUGGAGAAACAGCGCACGAACAGCAUCCUGAACGUCAGGCGUCUCAAGAAGCACUUGUCCGCGGACACGUCGGACGACAGCGAUUCCGAGAACACGAAUUACAUCGUGGAAAGCACGAACAACAGGAUGACGCGGCUGAAAGCGGUGCAAAGGGACCGGCUAGUCAGGACGAACAACACUUGGAACGCUUUGUCGUCCGCGAGGGAUCGUCAACCGAUGCAGUUGCAGUUGCUCUACGACAAUCUGAACAAGGCGGAGAACAAGCUGAACGACGCCGGCCUGAAGAACAAAAUGAACCGCGUGCAAGAGAAGAAAGCGCUGUUCGAGGCGUUCAAGAGGCAGAGCAUCGUCACCGAGAGCAAGGUGAUCAAGACCGCUUUGAGGAUACGGGAGAACUCGACGUCCAGAAGCGAGGAUCCUGUCCCGGUUGCAAACCGGGCAGAAAUUGCUAAGGAGAGCGAGAAGGUGAACGGGGAUUCCUGCGAUCGCGAGGACGUCGUGGAAGACACCGGCAAAGGGUUUGGCAACUACGACAAUCUGCAACACGUCUGGGAAGGCCUCCGCGAAGACAAGGACUUGGAGAACAACGAGAGCCCGACCAGGCCGGCCGUGUGGCUGACGAAACGCUGCGAAGGGCUGCCCACGUCCCCUCAGAAGUGCGGUUCAUUGCCGCGCAGCUUUCAGAUCAAUCCGAAUUCGAACCAAAAUGUAACCAAAUCCCGAUUCCUCCAGAGGGACGGCAAACCCAUGAGCGAGCGACCGUUCACCAUAGCCUCCGACAAACCCGCGGAAAUCAAUCUGGAGGACAUGGAGAGGUACGCUUCGUCGUGUCAGCCUCAGGGCCGGAUCGCCAAGUUCCCCACGUCCGUCUCAACUUCCACGUCGACCUUCUUAUGCUCCCUGGACGACACCUUGACCGACGCCUACUCGGAGAUCCACAUGUCCUCGUCUACGACCACGAACAUCCACCCGGACCACAAGAUCUACAGGGCGAACACCAGCGGCAGCUCCACCAUCUUCAAGAACGUGCUGUCGAAGGCUGGCAGCCGGCUUCAGGGGCUGAGGAACACCAUGAGCACGGAGACCCUGGAGUGCAGCGAGGAGCUGGAACGGACGAAGUACUUCCGCUCGUUGAGCACGGGUAAAUUGAAGAAGAAGGGCAAGCUGAAGCACGCCAGAGAGGCGUCCUCGGACGUCGAAGAGCUCGUAGGCUGUGCCGCCAAAGGAUCGUCCGAUUCCCGAGUCUCGUCGCUGUAUUACAAGCAAGGUAGCUCCUGUUUGGGUGCUCGAAUCGCUCAGUCCGACUACGCGGAUCCUUCUAUACUGUUUCUGGAGAGUAAACGACUGCAACCGUCGACCUUGAAGAGUCAGACCAAGGAGAAGGAGGAGAAGGACGACGAGGAGAGCGUGGAGAACAGAGAGAGCGAGACGGAUAGCUUCUACGAGCGGUCGUUCGAGACGAUAGAGAACUACGUGGACGCGGACGUCGACGACGCGUUUAGGGACAGUGCAAUAUUUAGCGACAUCGAGGAGGUCCUGGUGGCCAGACCGUUCUCGGGGCACGAGGACGUGGCCAUGAAGAGCAAAAUAGCGCCUCCGGUUCCUGCGAAGAGGAAGACGGACAGUUCUACGUUGGUAGGGAGCCGAGAGACGUUCAAUGUGACCGCGAAGUGCAAACCGAACGUCGCCCAAAAGCCAGACUAUUUGAAAGCGAAGCCCGCGGUCAAGGGUCAGGACCUCGACUACGCGAAGUCCUCUUUGCCCGAAAGUGGCGGAUACUUUAACAACGGUCUACACGCUAGUUGUAAAGGGACCGGGGAGGACAGGGACGACGUGUCCGCGGGCCAGAGCCAGGCGGGUUGGGUCAGGAAGAUCGUGGGUCAGUUGCAGGGUCACGUUGAAACAUAAUUUAUACCAAUGAAUGUGUACAAACCCCGCCGCGUGGGGAACUCGACACAAAUUUCACGUUUUUUCCACGUUCUUAACCCUUUUGACAUUGACGGAUGUUUUCUGGUUACAAGUUCUGUGAGUUUUUCGAUUGGAGGGGGGGCGAUAGGGGUAAGGAAAGUUGCAGGAUAGGAUAUCUUGAAAGGGUUAAGAGAUCCAUGUCCACAGAUCAAUAAUACUCUCGCCGGUGGUGUGGAUGAAUUAGGAAAUUUGCGAGAAAGAUCGAAAAAAAAGUACAAUGUGUGAGAUUACAUUUUAUUGCGACGUCGGUGAAAACAGAUCGAAGACGAUUUAGUAAUUUAACGAGGGCGAGUCCUUUGAGAGCGAACGAGUAACAUUGAUCUAAACGACAGUCGGACGCUGUAUUGGAAAGCAUAAUAUGUACAUGUGUAGGUUACGUUUCUUCUUUUUUUUUAUAUUAAAUCUUUCAUCUUUUCCUCUAAUAAUAUCGUUUCGUUCUUUUUUACGUUUACGAAUGAUACAACCGCAACUGUAUCGAAUUGAUCCGACAGCGGAAAAGAGACGAUCGUGCAGUCGUCAUGUACACAUUACGUUUCCCUUUAUGCUACUUGUGCCUUAACGCCGACCACUUCUCUUCUCGCAAACGCGAUGGUUCCGGCGUUCACAAACCGCCCGUCGCACUGUGUACUGUAGAACAUCGAAACGAAUACUGCCGUACGAUUUGUCGUGUCACGCGAACCCUAGAGCGGUAAUUAGAAGAAAAUGAUUUACGAGCGAUAAUUCUCGUCUAACGUUAUAUCUCGUAUUUAAUCACUGUCGUACGGAAAAUUUUAUGCGAACAAUACAGGGUAAUUGAUGAACGCAAAUCGUAAUGUUGAUCUCGCGUAGAAAUUUAAAUAUAUCGUUGCAUGGUUUGUUGUCAAAUCUCCAGGAGUGACAGGGAGAGUAGGAGGAGAAGGAGGAGGAGUUGUUACACUGAGAAUUCUAAUCACCCUGUAUCGCGUUUGUUAGUCGGAUCUGUAUCGACUGAAUAACUGUAAGCGUCGACGAACAUUCGAUUAAUUCGUUAGGACUUGAACGAUCGUAUUAUCUUCUCCGAACAAUAAAUGUAGGCUCGUUUAGGCGACGAAAAAACUGAAAUACAUGCGGAACCGUUAUUUUUUAUUUAUUCAAGAAACCUAACUGAGUUCGUCGCGUCCCGCGAGUUUAGUUGUUCCCGAUAAAUCAAACGGAUUAUCAUCAGUAUUCAUUUUGUUUGUUAUUCGUAUUUCCAAUUAAAAUUAUACGAUUUA